AUGAACCUCUUCAAAUCCCAUGAUUCCAUCCGUGGGGUAAUGCAGAGAACCUACUAUUUGUCACAGCUGCUGUGUCCUGACUUGAAGGCAGUUCAAGCUGGGACCACAUCAUUGUUAGAAUGUGAGGGAUAUUCAUUUCAGGUCAGCAUGGUGUUUGACAGACAUGUUAUUCGCUCCGUCGCAAGUGGUGCUUGGAACGUUUAUCCAAUCAAGCAUCGUGCAGUCAGGUUUUUCAACACAUCCAUUCUUUUUAAUGCUAUGAUUUCUACGAUAAAACCUGCCCUCCGAGAAGAAUUCAGGUCAAAGAUUCGAGUUGGGUGUAAAUUUCCUUGUGGCAGGCUUGACAGGAUAUACAACAUACCAAGUGAGGAAGUAGCCGUAGCCAGGCUUUGUCAGAAAUUGGAAGAACUGAUCAGAAGGAGAUUUGACAAUGAAAGGAAUUUUUCAUUGGAGGAUGCCUUUGUUGAGACAGACAGCAGCGGCGACGUAGAAUAA